GGUCGCGUCCGGCGUCUCGCGCCCUUUUUUUUUUUUUUUUUUUUCUCCCCCGGGGGAUUCUAAAGCCUCGCGCGCGCCCCUGUCUGCACCGGCCGCCCCGGCUCCUCCCCAGCACCAGCAGCCGCCGCAGCAGCAGCAGCAGCCAUGAGCGGCUGGAACUCCUACAUCGACAACCUCAUGGCGGACGGCACCUGCCAGGACGCGGCCAUCGUGGGCUACAAGGACGCCCCGUCCGUCUGGGCCGCCACCCCGGGCAAGAUCCUGGCCAGCAUCACGCCGGCGGAGGUAAACGUGCUGAUGUCCAAGGACCGUAGCGGCCUGUUCGUCAACGGGGUGACGCUGGGGGGCCAGAAGUGCUCGGUGAUCCGGGACAGCCUGCACGUGGACGGGGAGAAUACCAUGGACUUGCGCACCAAGAGCACGGGCGGGGCCCCCACCUUCAACAUUACAGCCUGCAUGACCAACAAGACGAUAGUGCUGGUCAUGGGCAAAGAGGGCAUUCACGGGGGCUGCGUGAACAAGAAAUGCUUCGAGAUGGCCAGUCACUUGCGACGUUCGCAGUAUUGACGCCGGCCCGGCACUCCGCUGCGGUACUACUGAUGCCCACGCUGCCUGGGACCACCCGCCCCCCCCUGCCGGGGCGCGCCCCGCCCUGGGGCCUGGAGCAGCCCCCCCAUUCCUCGCUUUCGGAUCGCGACUCCGGCCCACCCCGUCUCUCCGCCACUUUUUCUAUCACAAAAAUCCUCUUCGUUGCUGCCAAAUUUUUUUCUGGUUUUAAAAAAGAAAAAAAAAGUUGUAGGUUUUUUUU